AUGUCCGAUGGAAGCACGCAUUUACCGCCCUCGGGGGCCACAGACGCAGUUCUGGUCCCAUCGGAUGAAAUCCCCGAGGGCACGCAGAAAGUUGAGGAGAUCGACUUUAAUAAUUUCAAGGGAAGACCUAUUACCGUCGACGACAUGGUCCAAGGCAUGAAACACAUGGGUUUUCAGGCUUCCUCUAUGGCCGAAGCCGUCAGAAUCAUCAAUGAAAUGGUUAGCAUAAGCAAUAAGCGAGCAUGGAGCGAUCCCGAGACUGGCGACAAGACCACCAUUUUCCUGGGAUACACGUCCAAUAUGAUCUCCUCCGGCCUACGAGGCAUCUUCCGGUACUUAGUAGAGCACAAGCAUGUCUCCUGUAUUGUCACGACGGCUGGAGGCAUCGAGGAAGACUUCAUAAAGUGCCUCGGCGAUACGUACAUGUCCUCUUUUAGCGCCAAAGGCGCCGAACUCAGAGCAAAAGGCCUUAACAGAAUAGGGAACCUCAUGGUUCCCAACGCCAAUUAUUGCGCAUUCGAGGAGUGGGUUGUGCCCAUCCUGGACAAGAUGCUCGAGGAGCAGGAGGCAAGCAAAGGCACCGAUGACGAGAUCAACUGGACUCCGUCAAAGGUCAUCCACCGACUCGGGAAGGAAAUCAACGACGAGCGAUCGGUAUACUACUGGGCGUACAAGAACGACAUACCGGUUUUCUGUCCUGCUUUGACAGAUGGGAGCCUCGGCGACAUGUUGUACUUCCACACAUUCAAGUCGUCACCCAAGCAGUUGAAGAUUGACAUAGUGGAAGACAUCCGGCGGGUAAACACCAUAUCAGUGCGGGCAAAACGUGCUGGAAUGAUAAUCCUGGGGGGUGGUCUUGUCAAGCAUCACAUCGCGAACGCCUGUCUGAUGAGAAAUGGAGCCGAGUAUGCUGUCUACAUCAACACUGCCCAGGAGUUCGACGGCAGUGAUGCGGGAGCCCGACCAGACGAGGCGAUCUCGUGGGGGAAGAUCAAGCCAGGAGCUGAACACGUCAAGGUCUAUCUUGAAGCUUCCGCAUGCUUCCCCUUCAUCGUAGCUAGCACGUUUGCGAAGGAUGCAUGA